AACGUUAUUGAAAAUUUAAAAGAAAGUUAUAUUCCGAUAUCGAUCCGAGGAGCUAAAUCCAACCGCAUAUUUAUUCGCAUUUCUCAAAUAUAAUACCCUUUGCAAAGAGUGGCAAACACACAGGCCGAGAAUCCCCCUUCCCCCCCUCCACAAAUUCAAAUCCUCGAAAUCUCUCGAGAAAAAGAAGGAGUAGCUCUCGCAUUCGACAAAUCCACCACGAUACCUUUGAAUAAUUCGCCUGCUCCUCCGCUCCUGCUUCUCCUCCUACUAUACCACAUCCUCUGGGGAAGCUGGAACCCCGUCUCCCGGUUUCUCGAGGAGGAGAGGGAAGGGCGGGCGCGCGAUAUGACGGCGUACAUAGACACGGGUUUAUCUACCUGACGACCUUGCCGUUUAAAAAAUCCCAGAGUGGCCGGCAGAGAGGCUCGAGCGGGCGGCGUGCACCAUCCGCGAGCCAGUUCCGACGUAGAGAGCGGACGACUAAGACUAAUCCUAAUAGAGUUGUGCGCCUGCCGGCCGUUUCCGCGCCACCGUGUCCGCGCUUCCUUCCUUUCGUGAGAAGACGGGAGAGAAUCCGCGAGGUACGUGUGUGUUGUCCAUGCCAGUCGGCCUGCGAUCCUCGUCCGCCAGUGAUCCACCAACCAGUCGCGAUUAAUAUGGGCGCCUGGAUGUCCUGGCUGAUCCUGUUGCAGCUGUCGUCCGUGCUCGCGCAUGGCUACGACAACGUGGGAUUCGACGGCUGGUAUCAACCGGUUCCGCAUCGGCCGGUCGACAUCAUCACAGACGUUAUUAACGACCUAGGCGUGCGGAUUCUGCAGCAGUACACGGCCCACGGGAACGUUGCAUUCUCGCCGACGGGGGUUGGCUUCGUCCUGGCCGCGCUCUACGAGGGCUCGGCCGGCAGAGGAAAACAGCAAAUCGUCGAUGCUCUCGGCCUACCCAGGGAUCGAGACAUCACCAGGAUCGGUUUUCGCGAUAUUCAUCGUAGAUUGAGGACGUAUCUGAACGCGGACGGAUUUCUCGGCGGUUUGACGCUCAAUCACGAGAACACAAGAUUGAGGCCUGAAUACGAAGACAUUCUGAGAUUCUAUGGAUUCGAUUUGUCCAUUCCUGAAGAGGAAAUGAACGAAACUACUUUUGUUCCUGAAACAACAAAUAAUGUGAUGACUGAACAAUCAACGAUAGAAACGAAGACGGUAAUUCCUGAUGAAAUUACCACGCAAUCUAUUACUACACGAGGUAUGCAGAGUUCUGAAACCACUAGUGAAACACCAAUAUCGACUACAUCCUCGGUCGAAUUGACUGAAAUAACCUCAAGCACGAUGGACGAGCAGAAUAAAUUGACGCAAACUACUUCUGCUGCUACUAUUUUAACGAAUGAUUCUAAUGCUGCUACUACCGUGUCAAGUUCGAUCGUCGUAACUUCAUCAUCCAUCGAGACAACGACCUCUUCGAUACCUACGAUUAUGCCUAACUUAAUUACAACUUCAUCUUCCGAGAUAAUAACUACGUCAUCCAUUACUAAUACACCACCUUCUAUUACAUCUUCUACUACUUCUACUACUCCUGUUCUAAUUACUACUGUAGCUUCUACAAUUUCUGAAGAACCACAGACGACCAUUGCAAAUCUUACUCAACCUAUAACUACAGUCACUUUGUCUAACCAAUCUCCAAGUACCGGGGAAAGUACGAAUACUUUGUCAACUUCAACAAGUACUUCCACUCCAUCUACUACUACUAUUACUACUACUACUUCUACUACUACUACUACUACUAGUACUACUUCUAUUCCAUCUUCCACUUCUGAAACGCCAUUACCACCAUCUACCACGUCAAUCAUCCUAGAAACUCCAGAAUCGACAACCAUUUCUACCGGUCAAACGACCGAAGAAUCUGUAAUUAUGACUAAACCUAUCCCAGAGUCAACGAUCAUGCCAUCGACAACGUCUGCGCCGAUAAACGCAGGAGCCACUGUCACAGAAAUGUCAUCAACUCUACCAAUCAAUAUCACGGAAAUCUCUUCGAGUUCGAUGAUCCCAACAACUCGGACAAACGAAAUGUCCAUUAACGAGACUAGUAGGUUCACGAGUAAACCUGACGACGAGAAUACCAUUUCAACGGAUUCUCUGAAAAAUCAGUCGUCGUCUAUCUCGAACGAGAUGGAGUCUACCGAAUUGCCAGUCACUACGACGACCGUUGCGGGUAAAAUCGGGUCGAUUGGACAAGAGACAACGACCACCACUGUAUCCUCGAAUACGAUGAUGAAUCGAAGGAAACGUAGUGACAGGAGCCCCAGGGGAUUCUUUUCUAGUUAUCCAGAUGAAGGGAUUUGGAUGCAGGACCUAGGCAUCUGGAAACCCUAUUCCACAAGUUUGAACGAGGCAUCCGUCAGAGACUCGACAGAGAUAUCGUUUUUAGUAAACGGUUGCGACGUCUCUUCCGUUACAGCCUCAAGAUACUUCGCCGUUUUACCUUUUGCCUAUUUCCCAUCGCUGCACGCGGUCGCCCUUGAGUUUCCGCUUGAUGAUCCUAGAUACAAUAUCAUCCUCAUGAUGGCCACGGAUAGAAGGGACACGUACAGAUUGGCCAGAGAUCUCGGCGGGAAGUCGUUAAGACUGUUGCGGAAGCAGUUACAGGCCACUUGGGUCAGGGCCACCAUUCCGUCCUUCAUGUUGCGCGGUUUUGUCACACUGACGUCUUUCCUUCAAAGGUUGGGAAUUUUGGACGUGUUCGAGCCCAGAACAGCCGAUCUCUCGCCGAUGACACCUGACCUAGGUGUGUACGCUAGAGACGUGCAGCAGAGCAUCGGUGUGAACAUCAGAAAUUACAUGAAACCCGACAGGACCCAUUCUCGUGAGUCGUUCUAUCGCCCUACCGAUCCUCCAUUGAUCGUUCCACUUCGUCGGGAUUAUUACCGAUAUUAUCGUCAUCCAGGUAAUGGAUUAUUCGAGAGGGCAGGUCCAGUGCCAUUUACAGUUGUCCAUCCGUUCCUCUACUUCAUCGUCGACGCGGAAACCUCGGUGGUUCUGAUCGCUGGUCGUGUCAACGAUCCACUCAAUUCGCGAAUUUUGUAGAACCUCUACUUGGGAACAGAAUAGACGAAUCCCGGGUAAUAAUAAUAAACAUACGUUUAUUUGACAUACUUAUAAAUAUUGUUAUAUAUAUCUAUAAACAAUUACACAUAUAUAUAUUUAUAUUUAUUAAAUCUUUCCUAGUUUGCACACACCUACCUUUAAGUACACGAUGUACGUCUGUACAAAAAUAUCCGUACUUUGUAAAUAAAGAAUUGGAGAGAGAAUGGAGAGAGAGAGAGAGAGAGAGAGAAAAGGAAUGGAGAGAAAAGGAGGGAGAGAAAGAAAGAGAGAAUUUUAAUUUAAUUCUUGGAUUAAUAGAGGAUAUUUAGAGGCGAUGGGCAAGAAUUUAGCAUUUUACAAAAUUCGCUAUACAACUUGGUAGAUAAAUGCAUAAUCAUGGGCUUGCUGUUGAAACUGCCGAUAUCUUUCAAUUAUUAAUAUAAUUUUCCGCAGGCCUUUUCAACGUCAAGCCAAUUUUCAACUUGAUUCUUUUUUAUAUAUUCAUGUACAAGUUGGCAAAAAUUGACAGACGAGCCAACAGUUCGUUCAAAAAAAAAA